AUGUCGCAAGGUUGGUAUUUGACCCUUCUAUCUUCGGCAUUAUGCAUAUCGGGAUGUUUAGUGGUAUUUUUGGAUGAUUUGUACUACCUCUUGUUCCCGAAAUUCAUCACCAAGAGGUUUCCUUUUCGUCUUAAGGAGAAUUACAAGUUUAUGAACGCAUCGUUAGCAUUUUCCUCAGGUUGCUUGCUUUUUACCGCUUUAUAUCGGUUGUUGCCUGAAGCUUUGGCGUACUUGAAGGACACGGACGCUGAUGCAAGCACCAAGAUGAUCUUGAGCUCAACAAGACAGCUUCAUAUCAAAAUGUUCAUGGCAUAUAUCGGUGGCAUUAUUUUGAGUCUUACAUUCAAUGCCGUACUUCAUAUUGCCACCAGCGAGUCAGUGUUCCAUUGUAGUGAACACGAUCACGACCCAGCAGGCGCAAACAAUGCGACUCACCAAGAUCGUGAAUCAUUACCCCCACAAACAACAGAAAUCAAUGAAGACAGUCCUUUACUACCAACACUUCUGAGAAAGAAAUCGCUUUUCCACCUUUUGUCAGCACAGCGUAACGACGAGUGCAUUGAGGGCGAAUGCAAGGGCUACUCUUCGGCCGAGCUUUGCUUGUUUCACGGCGAUAAGAAUGCUAGUCUACACCAUUGCGAUAUUCCUGCCAUCUCUCCCAAGUUACUUCCACAAGACGAAAACGGUGCUAUCCACAUUGACUUGACAGAAACGCUUCCCAUAAAAGCAAACUCAAAGCAUACCCAUGGUCAUGGCGAUAUCGAGGCUUCCGCCGAUCAACACCACGACCACAAUCAUGGCCACGAUCACGGCAACGACCAUAGCCACAGCGUCCACAACGACCAUAGUCAUCACCACGAUCACCAUCACCAUGUCAAUUCUGCAUUUUCCAAGCUUUUUCUCAUUGGUAUCCAGACUAUCUUGGCCAUUACUCUCCACAAGUUCCCCGAAGGGUUUAUCACUUAUAUCACAUCCGCAACCGAUCCGCGAUUAGGGGUCCUGAUCUUUAUAAGUCUUCUUUUCCACAACUUUACCGAGGGGUUUCUGAUGUGCUUGCCCUUAUACUACCUGUUUGCAUCAUCUCUGAAGAUGCGGCUUGCCAAGUUGAAGGCUGUUACCAUCAGUGCAUUUCUAGGUGGUAUUUCCCAACCACUUGGUGCUCUUGGAGCAAUUCUCUUCUUGCGCCUCAACAAUAUCACUCCUGGGGAUGGCAACUUGGACGUGGACAAACUUAAUCAUAUACUAGGAUUGACUUUGGCUGUGACCAGUGGAUUUCUCACUGUAAUUGGACUUUCCAUGUAUGGGUCAGCCGUUGCCUUCAGCGGUGGCUCACUGCACUUGAUAAUGGUGUGGUGCUUGGUAGGCAUGUCUGUGAUUGGAAUAUCUAGUGUAAUAUCUGUUGACUAG